AUGAGUGGACUGUUAAAUGAAGUUCAGCGUAUACUCGGCGAUGUACGCUCGGAAAAGCAAGCCACACGAAACAAGGGCAUUGAGCAGUUGUACGAAAAGUUGGGCAACUGCAGGGAUGAUUUAAAUACUCUGAUAUUGGACAAACGGAAUGAUUUGUCGUGGCCCAGUGUUUUUGAAGCUUCCAAGGAGGCGCUUUUCAAACACGCCUCGCUCUUGCAAGAUGCAAACGAGAAAGCCUUCAAGUUAUUAUCGGCAAAAAACUAUUUGUAUGGAAAUGUUCUGGAAAAGAUUACCAUAUUCAAUGUGGAAGCCGGCAGCGACGCAUCCGGAAGGGGUCACUUCCUAGCCAAGACAGCCCUCUUUAGUGCCUUCGGAGAUGGCAUCAGAAUACGCACUGUGGUGAAGCACUUUGGCGAUACAUUAAUGAAUUUACUGGAGCGGGGCAUCUACUCCUCGCCCAGCUAUGUGCGCGAGCUGAAAAUAAACGAAUACAGCCGCAUUCUCUCGUACCUCUUUGAGCUGAAUGUCUAUGGGGACCAGUUUCUAAUCACAAGGAUAUUGAAAUGCAUUACCAAGACAGUCAGUUUGGCUCAAGAGCGGGUUCAGCUGCACGUGGACCUGGUGGAAUAUUUGCCAGGGCUGACCAACUUUGCCGAGACGGCAAAUGCUGCCAGGAAACCGGAAAUUGUUCGUCUCUAUCAUUUAUUUGCCACAGAGCUCUCUGUGAACUACCAUCAUCAAUUGUGCCUCCACAUGCAAGAGAUUCUGCCUAAAUUGUGCGAAUUCCACAAUGAGGAUGUGUUUCGCGACGACACCAGAAACAUAUUCUUCAAGUGUGUCAUCCAAUCGCUGCAUUCGCUGUAUCCCAAGCUCAGCGUUUGUGAUUUCAACACCUUUGGUGUGCCGCUCAACGAGAACUGGCCACAGACGCUGCUUCGGCUGAAAACUAUUGUGGAUAUGGAGAUACGCAAGAAUUCUUUGGUGCGCUACAAGUCGGCACAACUGAGCAAUGACAAAUUCUCCGAGCCCUUCAUCAAGAUGUCCGCACUGGUUAUGUAUAUAGUCCUUUGGGACUUGGAGACACGCAAAAACGAUGCAAAUGGUGAGGGUGAUGCGCCCAAGAAGGUGCCAAGACCUGCGGACAAAAUGGAAGUCUUGUUUGCGCUGAUUGACAAAAAAGAAACCACAUUCAAUGACGUCUGGUUUGCCAUUUACACAGAGCUACUGCAGUUGAGCAGCGUAAUCCUGAAUGUGGCCAACUACCAGCAGGCAUUGAGCACUGUUCUGGGUGUCCUGCAAAUAUAUGGCAAUGCCAGAAACCUGAAAAAUGUGCGUCUAUGCGUGCGAUGCCUGCUGGUCAAGGAGCGGCAGCUGCUGGAGUCUCGUUCUAUACAGGAGAACUUUAUGGCUGACUUGUGGAGUCAAAUGGGCAACCAUUUGAUAUCCGUAUCCACCACAAUCAGCGAGGAGAUCAUGGAGAAGCAGCUAAUGCUGCAGAUGCUGAUUAGACAAGACAAAUUGAAUCAGAAAAUGGCCUCCAGCCUGCUGCACACCAUCACCUCGAAUGAGCUGCUGAAGCGCAACGAAUGCAUUGCCACCAUACGUGAGAUUUACAUACGGGCGGGACAAUGCGGGCAGGAUAAAGCUUCGGACAUGCUGGAGCCCAUCAUUAGUUGGGCCUACGGCAGCGGUGAGAAAAGCAGCGUCACCCAGGUGAUACACAAUAUAGCCAAAAUUGAUGCCAACCUACUGGCAGACACAUUUUCGAUCAGCAUCAUCAACUUUCUGGACGAGGAACAGCUGCAGCAAUUGUGCAACGAAGACUCAGGCCAUGGCACACUGCCUGCCGAUCAGAAUCUUUCAGCUUAUAGAUACAACAAGCAACUGGUAUGCCUGGACAAGGAAUAUAUGACGCCUGUCAUGUCUUCUGCCAGUCAGCAGCUGCAGAGCGAAAACAAGCCGCCUGCCAAGAAUUGCCUUUACCAAAGCAAUUACGAGUUCCUUAUGCGAAGCUUAAACUUUCAGAGUGCCACCGACAGUCAAGCGGCUGCCAUACUAAAGAAUCUGAACAGCCUGCAGCGGUUUGUCUGCACCAUGGAGAGACUUCUCUACUACAAGGUAUUUGAUCGUGAAAACUUUACUGGCUGUCCGCUGAUCAAGAGGAUUGGCCUGUUUCUCAGCCACAUUGAGUUCCAGUACAAAGCCAACUGUUCGGAGUCGAUGGAUGAGAGUGACCUGCCUGAGAUUCUGCGGCAACAGAUCGCCGUGCUUGAGGUUUUCCGAUCUAAUUUGAUUCUUCUCAACUAUCUGGAAAGACAACCCAUAGAAAUGCUGGUAGAAUUCGUAGGAUCUACACUCAAAGAACAUUGCAUGCGCCGAGAGCGCUCUGAUAAUUCAGUUCAUGCUACAAUCACCACUCAUUGUUUGCACAUGUUGGGUGCUCUGUGUGCGCUCAGUUCGCAUCGUGAUGAAUCCUUUGAACACAUUUCAAAAAUAACUAUGCAUUGGAAGCCUCAAGAUGUGCUGCUUGUGACAAAGAUGCUUUGCAAUUGCGACAGCAUAUCGGAGGUAGCCAUUGUGUGGCUGGUGGAUAAAUUGAAGUACGUCUUUCAGCAUCAUCAUCUCGAUUUGGAUGUCAUUGAUGAGGUAGUGGAUUAUUUACCCACCAUUUUUCACUUUGUUUACCAUACGGAACAGCAGCUGGAUGACAUGUGGAUGGCUUUAAGUUCGCUGUUAAAGAUUGCUCUAAAGAAAUCCUAUACGUCACGACUGACAGCUAAAAUUGUGCGCUGCGUUGGCUCGAUUGCCAAGCACUGCCCGGACAUUUAUCUGAUGGAGAACUUUUUAGUGCUUUGCAAGUCCAUGACAAAAUUUAUAACCAUGCCCACGCUGGAUGUUCGCUUCGCUACGAUCGCUUCACUGGGCAUUAUACUCAACACAAAGUGUGUGGCCAGCGAUCCCAUCAGCCAUUCGCUGCGUCACUGGGAGUUCUGCAGGGAGCUCUACGAGAGCAUUGAAUUCAAAAAGCUUGAGUUCAGCGAUGAGGAUGCCACACGGAAUAGCAACUCGAUGAUGGUUCAAAUGCUUCUGGCCAUCUUUGCCCACAGUUCGUUUCAUCAGGAGAUUGCUCUCAAGGAGCUGCUGUAUCACUGUGCGCUGCGCAGACUGGGCGAGUCUGAGUUUGUGGCACUGCAGAGUCAAGUUCCUGGUGCUGAUCAAACCAUGCGAGAACGCAUUCGUCCCUAUGCGGAUGUACUGCUGCACAAGUGGAGUUCUCAGCAUUGGCCCAUAUCCAAAUUCCCCUAUUUUCUGUGCUAUGAGAAAAAGGAUGCUUUCCGAAAAGCCCAAAGAUGUAGAAUAAUGGCCUAUACAUUCCUCUAUGGCCAGAGCGAGGACAUAGAACGUAACAGAAAGUCCAGCAGCAUAGAGGAUGUUCUGCCUACGUUGGCUGCAUUUGUGCUGCCCCAGAGCAGCCUCUGCGCCGAAAGCGAAGGCCAGGACUUUCGGGAGCAUCAUCUGCUGCUGGCAAAGAACCUGCAGCACUAUAAGCUGCAACCCAAGGAAGUGUCUCUCAAUGUGGAGACGCUGUACGUUGUGAUUAGUCAGCUGCACGAUCCGCACGAAAUGGAGAGAUUAUUUGGACCCUCUGUGCCCUGCAGUCAAAUACGUAAUUGGUAUAAUCUGACAGGAGAAUCGCUCUUCAAAUGCCUCAAUUGGUUUAUUUGUCCUGAUAGCCGAUCCACUAAGGCUCAUCGACUUCAGGCAUUGUCCAAGCUUCAGGUCAAACAUCCACGCAUUUUAAUUGAACUUUUGGGACGCCUAAAGACCGAUUGCUUCAAUGCCAUCUUUUCCAGCCGAGCCAUUCAGAGGUUCUUUGUUUACUGCGCCAUAGCCGAAGCUCUAUACGAUGCGGCACUGGCAGUUGAGGGACCAAAACCCAGCAUUCCGUGCUCCUACUUUGUGCGCGACAUUUGGUUCUUUGUCGUUAGACUGCUGCUGCACAGCAAGUGCAGUCAGGUGCAUCUGUGUGCUCUCUCCUUUCUGGCUCUACUGCUGCGCAAGCCCGGUUUUAACUUGUCUUACUUCUCGAGUCACAUGAGUGAGAUAGCCAAGCUGUUGAUCUCUUUUCGGAUGCACUGCGAUGUGAAAUCCGUCAACGAGAAGGUCGUGGAGGUUGUGAAUCAGAUACUAAGUGCACACAGCUCCGAUAUCAGCAUACAAAACUUGUUGGAGGAACACUCGGAGUGUCAGUUUCUACAGAAAUCCAAUACUGCAGUCCAACAAAUCGACAGGACUAAUGUGGUCAGCUUUUUGGGCUCAUUUCUUAAAAAUCCAACAGCAGAGCGCCUGCUAGACCUCAGGGACUAUAUUGCCGAGCACAAGGACCAGCUUCAGGCGCACGAAACUCUGCUAUUUGAGUUGAUCAAUCGUCUCAUUCAAAUGUCUCGAUGUGCUCAGAGUAAAGAGAGCAGCAAUCUGAAUGCCCUCAAGUGCCUGGCCCAAAUAGGACCAUUAAAGUUAAACAACAUUUCAUACUAUUUCCAAACCGACUUUGAUUCCUUCGAAGAGUCAGAGCUAGAGCCUAUGGAUAAGUUACUGGUCGUUAUAUGUGAGUUGCUGGAGAAGUAUUUAUUCCAGUUUGACCCCAAGACACAAGAGGCUCUGGUGGCCGUUGCCAUUCAGGUUGUAAACAGUAAACCCGCCACCACGAUAAUGCAUCGCUUCAAGCACCUACAAAUCUUCGCUGACAACUCAAUGAAAUCUAGUUGCCUGGAUGCAUAUCAGCACAUACCGCCCAUAGACUGGCUGAAUGCACUCAAAUCCAGCCAGGGCCUGGACUAUGAGCAAUGGAUGUGCGCUUUUGUGUCGCAGGUUUUUAAGGCUUGCAGCUGGCAGGGAUUUGAUGCUUUGGCUGCCACUUCCUUUCCGUUUGCAGAGAUUUGCCUGCAGCCGUUUAUUAAACUACUGCUGGCCACCGAACGGCAGCAGAACCUGGUGAAUCUCUGCAAAAUGUUGGACUACUUUUUUGAGGGAUUCACCAGCUCCAAGGCAGCGCCAAAUACCCAAGAUAUUUUCCAUAACAAGCGUGCCAUCAAGAAGUGCUUGCACAUCUGCGAAUGCAUAAGGAUUGUCAAUAAUUGGAGUAUUCCCAUCAACCUGGGCAAUGUGGUAAAGGCCAGUAAUCAUUGUCAGGCAUAUUUCCUCAGCAUUAUGUACCUGGAGCUGUGGGCUUGCGGCGAGGCAAAGUCCAAAUGCCUGGAGGAUGAGUCCUUUCAGGCGGCCGCCAAAAAGGCCUACGAGUCGAUUGGCUGUUUGGAUGCCAUUCCCGGAUUUGUCAAUCCCAUGCGCUCUCGUGUCUACUUUCUGGGUCGCAACAACGACUUGUCCGCCAUUCUGCUGGAGUCGGAUCACCUGGAUAGCUCGUGUAGCCAAAUGGCUGUGGAUCUUAUGAAGGGUAACGGCGUGUGGUCGUUAGCCAAACUGCAGCAGCAGCAGCAGGAGCCAGACUAUGAAAUAUUUUGGCGUCUGGGCCAGUGGGAUACGCCAACCGAUCAGCGGCCACAACAAUUGAAGCCCUUCGCUGGGGCUACCAUUAAUCUGGAGCAAGAGUUCAAGCGGCAUCAUUUUGUGGCGCUUAAGAGCAUUGGACAGCGCGAGGAGGAGAACAGCCUAUCGGCCAUUGAGAGUGGUUAUCAGUGCGUGCGCAGGAUCCUGCAAGACAACAGCAUGGAGUGCCUGCAGAGUGUGUACAAAUACCUCACGUGGCUGUGCACACUCCAGCAGGCAGAAGACUUUUGUCAGAUCCAAUUUGGCGCACAGCUAGGCCCCGGGCAGAUGUCUCAAGUCUUUGGCAAAUGGCAGACGGAACUGGAGCUCAAUUAUGGCAACUUUUCAUGCAAGGAGUACAUCAUUUCGCAUCACAUUGCACUCAUCAAGAUGGCCGGCACACGCGCCAGCCGUCGCAUGCAGGACUUUUACAAGGACAACCCUAUGGACACGUAUCUGCUGAAGGGCAUUAGCGAGUGCAAGGCGGCGGGCAAGCUGAACAUGGCCUCGAAAUACAUUGGCAUGCUGCGAGAGCUGCCCAACAUCAAGGCCUCCACAAAGAUCAGCGUGCUGCUGGAGGAUGCCGAUGUGAAUGUGAAAAUGGGUAAUCAUCAGAUAGCCAAGGCCAUCCUGGAGUAUGUGGUGCAGAACGAGGAGUUUAUCUAUUGCCUGCAGCGUGUGCCUGCCCUGCGCAUGCAGGGAGAAUUCCUCAUGGAUUGCAAUGCCGACAGCCUGAGCUCAGUGCUGAAGAACAAGUUUAGCUACUCGAUUCAGCUGAUUGAUGACUUUGUGCUGCACAAAGAUAAACUGAGUGCGGCGUUUUCGCAGUUGUUCAAGUGGCAGGAGCUGGAAGCCUUUGCCAGGCAGCAACGCACGGCGGCCUAUGAGGCCAUGGCCAAGUAUGCCGAUCGGGAGUACCAGCAGCUGCACGAGUAUCGCCACUCGCAGGACUAUCAGACGCUGAAGGACAUCAUAGAGCAGAAUCGUCUGGUGGCGGAAACAGUAUCGCAUCGCGAGUCCCAAGACAAACGCGUAAUCUCCUUUCAAAUGAAGCGCUACGCUAUGCUGGACGAACAGGAGCUGAAGCGCAUCGAUAAUAAUCUAACCGUCCAUUUGUGCACCGCUGUGAGGAAUCACAUUGCCUAUUGCAAGCUGGACAGUGGCUUCUCCAGCGCUGCCAUCUAUCGCAUCAUCUCACUGUGGUUCACCAAUGCCCACAACGAGCAGCUGCAAAAGUGCAUCCAGGAGGAGAUCCUGACAGUGCCCAGCUACAAGUUCAUUUGUGCCACCAACCAACUGACGGGUCGUCUCAAUUCCAAGAAUGCCAAGCUACUCACUAUCCUGUGCGAGCUGUUGGUACGCUGCGGCCAGGAUCAUCCGCAUCACACAUUCUACAAGCUGUAUCCGUUGGUUUUGGCUCGCAUGGAUGGCGAUGGCAGCAACACGGAACGGGCGGCAAUCGCACGCAAAAUUAUAAGCAAAAUCUGUGAGAAGAAUCCCAAUGCAGACAAGUGUAGCAAGCAGCUGGAUGCAGUGCUGCCAGCUCUUGUGGCGUUUGCAAACGAUGGAAAAACGGAGAGCCGCAAUCAACCGGUGAGCAUGACAGAGCGGCUGAAGCAAUUCGAGAAGGUAAGGCGUCACAGGAAUCUCGAUGCCAUUCAAUGUCCCACAUUGGAGCUGCCAAUUCGACCCGACAAGGAAUACAAUCUUACCAGCAUCUGCAAGUGGACAAAUGAAAUUGGCAAAUGCGGUGGCAUUAAUGCGCCCAUUCGGGUCAAGUGUGUCUGCUCCGAUGGCCAGACGCGCGCACAGUUGAUCAAGGGCAAGGAUGAUCUGCGUCAGGAUGCCGUCAUGCAGCAGGUCUUUGGCAUUGUCAAUCAGCUGCUCAAACAGGACUCGGAGUUCAUUGAUCGCAAGUUGCAGCUGCGCACCUACACCGUGACGCCACUGUCUAUGCGAAGCGGCAUUUUGGAGUGGUGCCCCAACUCCAUGCCAGUCGCCGAGUAUCUGGUCGGAGUUGACUGCAAGAGCGGCGCCCACAUAAAGUAUCAUCCAAAUGACUGGAAGAACAACGCAUGUCGCGCCCUGCUCGCGAGCCAUGCAAAGUCGUCCAAGGAUAAGCGUUUGGAAGUCUUUCAGGAUAUAUGCGCACACGUUACGCCCGUGUUUCACUACUUUCUGCUGGAGAAAUUCCCCAUACCGGGCGUUUGGUUUGAGCGGCGUUUGGCCUACACCAACAGCGUGGCCACCACCUCAAUGGUGGGCUACGUACUGGGACUGGGUGAUCGACAUGUGCAAAAUAUACUGAUUGACCAGCAGACAGCCGAAGUGAUACACAUUGAUUUUGGCAUUGCUUUUGGGCAGGGCAAGAUAAGUGCAACACCAGAGACGGUUCCCUUUCGGCUUACACGUGACUUUGUGGCACCCAUGGGCAUUUGUGGCACGAAGGGUGUGUUCACCAAGUCCUGCGAGGCCACCGUACAUAUACUGAGGCGUUACAAGUCGGUGUUCACCACCAUACUCGAGGUUCUGCUCUACGAUCCACUGUUUAUUUGGGGUGUACUCAAAACUAAGCAAACCAACACCCAGGAGACCAGAAAAGGCGAGGAAUCGAUUAAUCUGGUGGCGCAGAGAGCUUUGCUUCAGGUGCAAAAUAAACUGGAUGGUCGGGAGGACGGUACACUCGGUGACUCGAAUGUGGAGGCUCAAGUGGAACGUCUGAUCAAUGAAGCCACUCUGGCUGACAAUCUAUGCCAGCUCUUCUGCGGCUGGGAUCCAUAUCUAUAAGGGAAACGCACAUCAUAGUGGAGCACCACAAAUUCUACAUCACAUUUAUUAGCAGUUAUCAACAAAAUCGAAUAGAAUUGAGUUAUAUUUUUUUAUAUUCUA